ACAUUUUCCCCCGCGGGGGAAGCCGCAACGUUCCAUCCGGUGGCGAAGCGCUCCUGCUCGGGAGGAUGUUUUAUCACAUCUCCUUGGAGCAUGAAAUCCUGUUGCACCCCCGUUACUUCGGCCCCAAUCUUCUCAACACCGUGAAGCAGAAGCUUUUCACCGAGGUGGAAGGGACUUGCACCGGCAAGUAUGGCUUCGUCAUCGCCGUAACCACCAUCGACAACAUCGGGGCCGGCGUGAUUCAGCCGGGACGCGGCUUCGUCCUUUACCCCGUCAAAUACAAAGCCAUCGUCUUCCGUCCAUUCAAGGGGGAGGUGGUGGACGCCAUUGUGACUCAGGUGAAUAAGUGUCUCCCAAACCAGGACAUUGUAAUCCAGCCUGAAGAUAAUAUCCGAUUGAAGAUUGUAGGGACCAGAGUGGACAAGAACGACAUAUUUGCCAUUGGAUCCCUGAUGGAUGACUACCUGGGUACGUAUUCUGAAUUCCUUGCCAUCUCACUAAGCCUCCUCCCAUUUGGUGAGCCGCCUUUUAAAAAGCGGGGUGGGGUUGGAAAUUGGGAACAGGACCCAGAUCACAAGCGAAGCAGAUCAAAAAUUUCCCUCACUAAAGCCAGGCAGUGAAAUGAGUUUCGCCCCGUUUUAUAACCUUCCUCGACAUGCUCGUUAAGCGAAUCGCCGCAGUUGUUAAAAGUCAGUCCCACGGUUGCUAAGUGAGUUUGGCUUCAUCGUUGAUUUUGCUUUCCAGAAGGUCCCGAAAGGGAGAUCACAUCACACCCACACCCCGGACACUCCAACCGUCAUCAAUUGAUGCCUCCCGAAUUUUUUUAUUUUAUUUUAAUUUUAAAACACAUCAACAAAAACAAACACAUGACUUAAAACAACAUAGGAA